CACGAGUACGGAUCGCUAACUACAAAAAUCGUGUUUCACCUUAAAGAAGUUUAUUCAUUUCCAAAAUACUCGUGGAACAAUUAAUCAGUCAACACUUUCUCAACAAGGACAUAAUUUCUUAUUACAUCUACGUUAAAUAUAUUACGCAUUAUUAACGAUGGCAGAAUCACGAAGAAACAAUGGUGGAUGGAGUACAAAAUCUGGAUCAAAUUCCAAAUCGCGGAAUAAUAACAAUGGUUGGCAAGAAACAUCAAAAUCAAAGACUAUGCCGAAAAAUAAAAAUUACAACGGAAAUUCGAGAAACAAUAUGCCAAGUAUGAAGAUUGAAAUAGAUCCUAAGAAAGUAGGAAAACUUAUUGGAAAAGAAGGUAAAAAUAUCAAAGAAUUGCAGCAGAAAAGCAAUACCAGAAUUCUCGUAGAUAAUUCUAGGAAUAAUAAUAAUGCAACGACGGUAACUAUAACUGGAUCAUUGGAAAAUCAAAAGAAAGCAAAUGAAUUAAUAGAAGAACUUUUAAAAGAUCCUCCACCACAACCAGAAGAAGAUUUAUCUUUAUACGAUUCAUACGUAAAACCACCACCCUUUACACCAGGUCCUAUUAUUAAAAAUUUUUAUAAGGAAGAUCCCACAGUUUCUAGUAUGUCACCAAAAGAUGCAAGGGAAAUAAGAAGACAGAAUAAUAAUAUUGAAGUUGAAUGCAUUUUCACUGAUGAGGAUGCUCCUAAAAAUUUUAUAACUUUCGUACCAAAUCCAAUCACUUCUUUUGAACAAGCAUUCAAAGGAUAUCCAGAAAUUUUAAAAGAAAUUGUUAAACAAGGUUUUAAAACUCCAAGCCCAAUACAAUGUCAAGCAUGGCCAAUUUUAUUAAGUGGCAAAGACAUGAUAGGUGUUGCACAAACUGGAACAGGUAAAACUUUAGCAUUUCUAUUACCUGCAUUGAUUCAUAUCGAUGGACAAAGGGAUACCCCAAGGAUUGGACCAAAUGUUAUUAUAUUAGCACCAACUAGAGAAUUGGCAUUGCAAAUUGAAAAAGAAGUAAAUAAAUAUUCUUAUCGUGAUAUCAAAGCUAUUUGUAUAUAUGGCGGAGUUAACCGUCUAGAACAGAUUAAACUUGCUAAAAAAGAAAAUGCACAUAUAGUUAUAGCUACGCCAGGUAGAUUGAUGGACUUUGUUAGAGUGAAUGUAAUAGAUGUAAGAUCUGUAUCAUAUGUCGUAUUAGACGAAGCAGAUCGUAUGUUAGAUUUGGGUUUUGGACAUCAAAUUAGUUAUUGUUUAGAUGAUGUAAGACCCGAUAGACAAACUGUUAUGACCAGUGCUACAUGGCCACCAGCCGUUAGAAGUAUGGCACUCAAAUAUAUGGUAGAUCCAAUUCAAGUAUCUAUUGGUUCAUUAGAUUUGACGGCUACACAUACAGUAGAACAAAUAGUUUACGUUGUGGAAGAAGAAGAGAAAAAAGAAAUUUUAAAAGAUUUUCUUCUUAAUUUGCAUCCUGAAGACAAAGUCAUUGUAUUUCUUCGAACAAAAACUAACGUCACUGAUCUAUCUCUUGAGCUUUGUUUGGAUCAUAAAAUAGAUAACGAAAAUGUUCACAGUGGAUUAGUACAAGAAGAAAGAGAAAAAUCAAUAGCAUAUUUUGAAAAUAAUACUGUAAGAAUACUCCUUGCCACCGAUCUUGUCAGUCGUGGAAUUGACAUUAAAAAUGUUACGCAUGUAAUUAAUUACGACUUUCCUAAUGAAAUCGAAGAAUACGUUCAUCGAGUUGGACGAACCGGACGUGCUGGCCAAAGGGGAGUCAGCAUAACAUAUAUGACUAAAAAGGAUUGGGCUCAUGCACAAGCUCUGAUCGAUAUUUUAGAAGAGGCUUAUCAAGAUGUACCAUAUGAAUUACGUAGCAUGGCCAACAGAUACGAACAAAGACAAUCGCAACGGUCGAAUAAAAGAACAAAUAAGAAUAAAAAGAGUUAUUCUAAGUACUAAUUAGUAUAUGUACUGCCGAAGCAAGUACAUCUAAGUACUAAUUAAGAUUAAUAUUAAAAUAUGAUUUAAGGUAGUACAAUUUAACUAGAAUCUCAAGUAAUAAUUAGAAAUGAAUA